GAUAAAAAAUAGAUGAGAUGCAACAGAGAAUUACAGGCUGGCAGCUUUAAAGCUGUUCCCAACCGUGAUCGACGGCCAGCGAGAGAAUGACGCUGCCUAAACCAAUUGAGUCAGCAUAUUUUGAGUUUUAGAGGAUCAAACAACAUGUCAGAUCAUGGAUAGUUAAUUGAGGCAUGCAAGCUCAGCCCACGGAGCGGUGGUUAGUGUGGAUGCAAGGUGAGCCGCUUAGGGCUGCACGGUCCCGAUCAGGAUCCAUAGCGCGACCCGUUGGUUCAAAUAUAAUGAAAAAGGACUCGAAACAAAGACUGUAGAUCACAGAGAAAUAUCCUUAGAUCGAUAUCAAGAUCCCUGCUAGUCCCAUCGCAGCCAACAAUGUUAGUAAACACCGUUAGCGGACCUUCUUCCUCCCCAGCCUUGUCCUCCACCGGCUCAGCCUCAUCCUCCUCGGCCCUUUCCUCUGGCUGGGCAACCCCCGAACUAUUCUCCGCGUCUUCUACAAUUUCCUCCCAUGCAUGCCAAGCCCUAACUAUUACCCAUGGGGCCUUUGAACACUCCCUCACUGUUACCACCACCUCUUAUCCGACAGCCCUUCAGUUGCGCGAUGACUUCUUGCACGACCUCACCAAGUCUUCGGGCGGAGGAGAGCUGUCGUCGCUGGUCGAACUCUGGGCCCGGCUCCUUAGCUUUACUGUGCACCGACUGGAGGGGGAACGUCGUGGGUUGACGGGGGAGGACUUACGGCUUCUGUUGGUGACGGCACUUGAGACCUUCGAAAAGGAUAUCCUGCGUAACCGUGAAGUGCACGGGGUGGUGAAGGAGCUCGACGCCAGCGCCGAAAUUAAAUCUGCCAUUUUGGCGGCAUAUAUCCAAGCACGUCAUGCUCUGCGCAAACUCAGUCGACCAGCCAAACCGCAAUCGGCUCUCUUAUUGGCCGCACAGGAAAAGAAAGUGCUCCUGUACACGGUCUUUGGCGGCCAGGGCAACGAUGAGCAUUACUUUGACGAGCUGCGAACCGUUUACCACACUUACACUCCGCUGGUACACGACUUAAUACUGUCAGCAUCCAGCAUGCUGCAGCGCCAGUCCCUGGAAGAUCGUUUCAGUCGCUUCUAUCACCAAGGGUUGGACAUUAUCGCCUGGCUCGAGCAUUCCGAGCGCGCACCCGAGCCAGCAUACCUGAUUUCCGCCCCACUCAGCAUGCCACUAAUCGGACUCCUCCAACUGGCUUGGUAUCGCGUGAUUGGCCGUGUUUUGGGGGCGACACCGGCGCAAAUCCAGGCAGCAGUUGCUGGCACUUCUGGCCAUUCGCAGGGCAUCGUCACUGCGACCGUGACAGCCGUGGCCCAAUCAUGGACGCAAUUUGAUAAUCUUGCUCUCGAUGCCCUGCGUCUCCUGCUUGCCAUUGGUGCCUACAGCCAGGAGCAUUUUGCUGUCGCUGAGCUGCCUCCGGCGAUCGUCGCAGAUGCAGAGGCGCAUGGUGAGGGCUUUCCGGGUCCCAUGUUGAGUGUCGUGGACUGCCCCCUGGACCAGCUCCGAAAGUAUGUCGAUGCGGUCAACGCUCAUCUGCCAGAGGACGCUCGCAUCGCGGUUGCUCUCAUCAAUGGACCGCAGAGUGCGGUUUUAGCGGGUCCGCCCCUGUCUCUCCAUGGUUUCAAUGUCUGGCUGCGCGGUGUGAAGGCCCCUGUGAAGGGUGCUCAACAUCGCGUUCCGUUCAGCCUGCGCAAACCCGAGAUCAGUAACCGCUUCCUACCCAUCACCGCGGCAUUUCACAGCAGCUAUCUGGCCGAUGUGUCCGAUGCAGUCCUUGCCAGUGUCCCUGACCUGACCAUUACGGGAGAGGACCUGCGAAUUCCCGUGUUUUGCACGCGUACUGGCAAUGAUCUGCGGUGCCGCGGAAAGCAGAAUCUGAUCCCGGAUCUGGUCGCGAUGAUCACAGAGCAGGAGCUGGUCUGGCCGAAGGCCACUACUUUCCCAGAUGCCACGCACAUCAUCGACUUUGGUCCCGGGGGGUUGUCCGGUAUUGGGACGUUAACCAACCGCCUCAAGGAUGGGACCGGAGUACGGACGAUCCUAGCGACGGUUGCUGAGGGCCUCAAUCCAGAUCUAGGCUAUCGCAGUGAGAUCUUCGACUGGAGCCCAUCCCCGCAAGGGCUGGCGUAUGGUCAGAUCUGGAGUGAGCAGUACCGACCGCAGCUGGUUCAAAUUUCGGGCGGUCGCCGACUGGUCGACACGAAGCUCAGUCGUCUGCUCGGGUUGCCUCCAAUUGUUGUGGCGGGGAUGACUCCAACCACGGCUUCCUGGGACUUCUGCGCUGCGAUUAUGCUCGCCGGAUAUCAUGUUGAGCUGGCCUUGGGAGGCUAUCAUCGUCCAGAGCAACUGGAGACUGCAAUCCACCGCCUCCUGGAAGAGAUCCCCUCCGGGCGCGGAAUUACUGUGAAUAUAAUCUACGCUGCACCACAGGCUGUGCGCUGGCAGAUUCCGCUGUUGACACGGCUUCGCACGUCAGGAGUGCCCAUUGAGGGUCUUACGGUCGGUGCUGGUGUUCCCUCCCUGGAGGUAGCCACGAGCUAUAUCCGCCAACUGGGAUUGCGCCAUAUUAGCUUCAAACCUGGCUCGCUCCCGGCGAUUCACCAGGUCAUCGACAUUGCCCGCGCCAACCCAACGUUCCCGGUGAUCCUUCAGUGGACUGGGGGCCGUGGGGGUGGCCAUCACUCGUACGAGGACUUCCACCAACCAAUCCUUCAGGCUUAUGGCGCCGCGCGCAGCUGCCCUAACCUAAUUCUGGUGGUGGGUAGUGGCUUCGGGGGCAUGGAGGAUACCUUUCCGUAUCUGACUGGAGAGUGGGCGCAGCAGUAUAACCGGCCGCUCAUGCCCUUCGAUGGGAUUCUGCUGGGGAGCCGUAUGAUGACCGCGAAGGAGGCUCAUACUAGCUCAGCGGUGAAGCAGGCUAUUGUCGCCGCCCCUGGAGUCAGUGACGAGGCACAUUGGGAACAGACCUACACGCAGCCUGCAGGAGGAAUCAUGACGGUAACCUCUGAGAUGGGUGAACCGAUCCAUAAGCUUGCCACGCGCGGCGUGCGUCUCUGGGCUGAACUUGAUCAGACAAUCUUCAGCCUGAGCCGUGCACAGCGUCUCACCCAAUUGCAGAACCAGCGGGACUACUUGAUCCGCCGGCUGAAUGCGGACUCGCAUAAGGUAUGGUUUGGUCGCGACGGACAGGGCAAAGUGGUAGACUUGGAGGAGAUGACCUAUGCUGAGGUCAUUCGCCGUCUGGUCGAGCUGACUUUUGUUUCCGCUGAAGGACGAUGGAUCGAUCCCUCAUUCCAGCAACUUCUAUACGAUUUCCUGCUGCGAGUAGAUGCACGGAUCGGUCGCGCCACAGAGAAGGAGCAAUCUCCUGCCAAUAAAGAUGAAGGGGGGACACAGAUACUGUCCUGCAUCGCCAUGAGCAUGGAAAGCCUCUGUGACCCACAAGCCGCAAUUGAAGCCUUCCUCCAGGAGAAUCCUAAUGCCACUGACCAACUUAUUGGCACACAGGAUGCGCAAUACUUUCUGCACCUGUGCCGGCGUCGUGGGCAGAAGCCUGUCCCAUUCGUGCCUGUCCUGGACGAGAAUUUCGAGGAAUAUUUUAAGAAGGACUCUCUAUGGCAGUCGGAGGACCUCAACGCAGUUGUGGAUGGCGACGUUGAGCGUGUCUGUAUCCUGCAUGGCCCGGUGGCAGCGCGCUACUCAACAAUGGUAGAUGAGCCAGCGGGCGAAAUAUUGAAUGCUAUUCACGACGGGUAUAUCGAACGUUUGCAAAUGCAAGACCCUGAAUAUCUCCUAGAUGGGAUUCCCAUUGUCGACUGCUUCGGGCCCUAUCCCAUCGUCACUGACUGGAGCAUGGCGCAGGCGGGCAUCCACUGUGUCGCUAUCGGCAACACCGGUUCGUUACUGUAUGAGGUAUACCCUGAGGUAGAUGCUCCGACUCCAUCGCUUGAUCAGUGGUUAGCCGCAUUGGGUGGUAUGCAGGGUGGCUGGCGCCAGGCGUUCUUUAACGCGGCGACCAUCGUGCAGGGGCAAACGAUAUGUGAGAACCCAUUGCGCCGGCUCUUUCAGCCCACCCCCGACUCAUAUGUCAUGGUGCAAGCGGGGUACCGAUCGGAUACGACCGUUGCCUUGUUCGAGUAUCGUCCGCAUUCAGAGCCAGUGAAGGUGGUUGAUAUUCGCGCCGACGAGACCGGGACCAUAACGUUGGAGAUCAUCAACCACCGUAAUGCCUGUACUGCCCCUAUCGGCCUGCGGCUGAAAUACCAGUACCGACGCGAGGCCGUGUACGCGCCCAUUCAUGAGAUCAUGGAAGGACGGAACGAGCGGGUCAAAGAGUUUUACUACCGCGUGUGGUUCGCCAGCGGACAGCCGGCGAAGUGGACUUCAGUGCACGACACAUUCUGCGAGGGCCAACUGGAAGUGACGCCGGACUCCAUCGCGGAGUUUGCUCACUGCGUGCAAAAUGCCAGUGAUGCGUCCAGCAAGCGCCGCGGAAAGACCCUCUAUGCACCGCUUGACUUUGGGGUUGUUGUUGGCUGGGAGGCGCUGAUGAAGCCCCUGUUCUCGCACGAGCUGGAUGUCGACCUCCUGACGCUGGUGCAUCUCACCAACGGGUUCCGUAUCCCCCCAGAUGCGCAGCCUAUUCAAGCUGGUGCUGUCCUGGAAACGAAGUCCCGCAUUCAGGCCAUCACCAUCGAGGAGGCUGGGAAACUGGUCGAGGUGCGCGGUGAUGUCUAUCAAGAUGGGAAGGUCGUGCUGGAGUUAACGAGUCAGUUCUUGUAUCGCGGCACACACACAGACUGGGAAAAUACCUUCCGCAAGGUGGACGAGGAGGAAAUGGAGCUUUGCCUCAGCGGGCCCAUGGAGGUGGCCGUGUUGAAAUCCAAGCCGUGGUUCCAGCCGCUAGAUGUGAAUGUGGAUCUGCAGGACCAGACACUCAUCUUUGUGCUCCAGUCGACCUACCAGUAUGCUAGUCGUGAUACCUUCAAGGCUGUUACCACUGUCGGUGACGUGCGAUUGAAGUCCUCACUACCUGGCGGGUCACGCUCCGUUGCAAAAGUGGCCUUCUACGCCGCUACUUGUCGUGGCAACCCGGUCAUGGACUAUCUUCAGCGACACGGCAGCCCGGUCAAGAAGCGACAUAUGUUCGACAACCCUGCUCCACUCACAAACGAGGGUUCCUCCCUGCUCAUGAGAAUGCCGGACUCGAACGAGGCUUACGCCCAUGUCUCCUGGGACUUCAACCCCAUCCACGUCUCGUCAUCAUUAUCCCGGUACGCCGAUCUCCCCGGGUUGAUCACGCACGGUAUGUACACAUCGGCUCGCGUGCGCGGUCUCGUGGAGCAUUACACUUGCGCCUCGGCGAUCGGUGCAUUCCGUAGCUUUAACUGCUCGUUCACCAGCAUGGUGCUCCCUGGGGACGAGAUCGAGGUUAUUUUCCAGCACGUAGGCAUGCUGGCGGGACGCAAGAUCAUCUCAGUAGAGGCAAAGCAUGUGCAGCGUGGAGAGACCGUGUUACGCGGAGAGGCAGAAGUUGAACCCGAAGAGACGGCGCUGCUGUUCACGGGCCAAGGUAGUCAGCAGAAAGGGAUGGGGAUGAAGCUGUACGCCCAAAGCCAGGCCGCGCGCCAGGUGUGGGAUUAUGCCGAUGCGUACUUCUCCGAUAAUUACGGAUUUCGUAUCACCGAUAUCGUCCGGAACGAUCCCCCACAGCUUACUGUUUACUUCGGGGGCCCUCAAGGGCGACAUAUCCGUGAGAAGUACAUGAGUAUGAAGCGCGAGAGAGUCACCUCGGAUGGAAGCGUCCACUUUCUCCCACUGUUUCCCGAAAUCGACGAAGACACCGAGUUUUAUACUUACCAAGCACCCCAGGGUUUACUAUCUGCCACGCAGUUUACCCAGCCGGCUCUGACCCUGAUGGAGCUGGCGAUCUUUGCUGACCUUCAGGCGAGAGGAUUGAUCUCGGAGCGGAGUUGCUACGCCGGCCACUCCCUAGGUGAGUAUGCCGCCCUUGGUGCGGUGGGAAAGAUCUUCAGUGUGGAGAGUCUGGUGCAGGUGGUGUUCUACCGUGGACUGUUGAUGCAAUUCGCCGUGGAGCGAGAUGAUCGAGGGCGGUCCGACUUCAGGAUGUGUGCGGUGGAUCCAAGUCGGGUGUGCAACGGCUUUGAAGAAGAAGCGCUGCAGCUGGUGGUGAAAACCAUUUCAGCUCAGACUGGACAGCUGCUGGAGAUAGUCAACUUCAACGUUGCCGGGUUGCAAUAUGUGUGCGCUGGACAGGUCCAAGCCCUUCAAUGCCUCAAAACGGUUCUCGAUCACAUCAAAGCGACCGUCACCCCUCUCUCGCUCCCGAGCCUCAUUUCUCCAGACCAGCUUACCUUGCUAGUAGAGUCCCAACCCAGUAACCUUCAGCCGACUGCAACUCUAACGAGAGGUUGCGCCACGAUUCCCCUCCGCGGCAUCGAUAUCCCUUUCCAUUCCUCAUACUUGCUUCCCGGUGUUCCGGGGUUCCGACGCUGUUUGUUAGAGUUGAUCGACAGCCAUACGUUGGACCCGAAGCGGCUGGUGGGAAAGUACAUUCCCAAUCUCACAGCGCGACCGUUUGAUUUGACAAGGGAGUACUUCGAGCUGGUCAGAGAUAUCACAGGGUCCGUUGCAUUGCACGAAGUUCUGAAUGAGUGGAAAUCAUACACCAGUGCCACAGUAGACAAUGGAUUGCAGAAGCUUGAAGGGAUCAUUCAGACGAUGAGGGUGUUUUGAUAUUUACUUUAUUUUGUGUUUUGUAAGACCUCGUUUCACUAAGUCCAUAGCUAUUCGUCCCCGUCGAUACCAUAUACCUAUCCAGUGACAAAUACUCCCGAUUAUUCUACCUGUAAAC